CCUCACAAUACACGGUGGUCGCACAAUACACAUAGGCCUCAUAAUACACUGGUCAAAAUCUGAAGCAAGGCAGUGUUGCAUUGUAAACAUACCUGUCUGCCUCGCUCGACACAUCAACAGCGUUAAUUUGUAUGCAACUUAUAUCAGAACAAAGGAACAGUCUAAUAAUAUAUAUGACUGUGAAAACGUAUUUAGGACAUUACUACACUACUUUCUAAACCACAAGUGGUACUUUGUGU